GUCACAUCGGGCGCGUCCCAAAUCACACCAGCAGCCUGUGAGAGAGCCUGUGGAGAACACUGUGCGGUUUGAGACACGAAACUACAGCAAGACUUCAGAACAACAGCCUUCUUCUGCUCACUUACUUACUGAUCUGCUUACUGAAGGCUUUACAGGGAGUUAAAGGAUCAAACUUGUCUCACAAUGGGAGUUCAGGGUCUGCAGAGCUACAUCGAGAAGAGUGACUUUCUGAAAAGUCACUGCUUUAGAGAAAGCAAACUCAUCAUUGAUGGAUCCAAUCUGUACUACAAUCUUUACUUCAGAUCUUCUCUGGACCAAGUACACUGCGGAGAUUACAAAGGAUUCGAGGAAAUUGUCACAUUGUUUUUUAAAAAUCUUAAAAUGUGCAGUAUUGAGCCCUAUGUGGUGCUCGAUGGAGGGGACGACGUCAGUGGCAAAAAAUUGGACACCAAUAAUGCAAGACGUCAAGAUAAAAUAAAAAAAGCCAAUACCGUGUCCAGGGGAGGUUCAGGACAAAUUUUACCUAUUUUUGUGACAGAUGUGUUCAGGCAGAUCCUCCGGAAACUCGCAGUUCCCUUUAUUCAGUGUCUGGGAGAGGCAGAUUGGGAAGUAGCUGCAUUGGCCAACGAGUGGAACUGUCCUGUUCUGUCCAACGACAGCGAUUUUUAUAUCUACAGCCUCAAAAGUGGAUAUUUGCCCAUCCCUCAUUUCCAGUGGAGGGAAGUGAGACAAAAUAAUUACAUUCCUACCAAGUCAUACCAUGUUGAUACUUUAUGUAAUGCUUUUAAAGGCAUGAACAAGUAUCACCUUCCACUUUUUGCCACCAUCCUGGGAAAUGACGUCACCAAACUGGACAAAAGUAUGUUUCCAAACUUCUCUACCAGACCUGGAAGAAGGGCCCAGAUUCAUGGCUUACUCAUUUGGCUGUCACAGUUUCGCAGCCCAGAAGAAGCCAUCGCUGCUCUCCUCAGACCCCUAGGGGAGAAAGCAAUACAUCAGGGAAUGGAAGAUGCAAUAUACCAGGGAAUGGAAGAAUACCGACUCACUCCCAGCUCCAUAGCCCAGUUCUUUAGGAGUGGAGAACCACCAAGAAGGCCUCCAGGCCCUUUGCAGAACCUGCCAGACUGGACUCUGAAACCUCUGGCAGAAGGCAAGCUGGCUUCCAUCAUCAUUCAAAUCCUGAUACUGAGGAGAGACAUGAUGAGCAUUCAGGUGGAGAACUUUGCACUGACCAGCAGCAGUAAGAUAUCUCAGCCGAUUAGACAGGCGAUGUACGGCGUUUUGCUGUGUACCAGGUGGCAGAAAGUUGGUGAUUGCAGCACUUUUUCUGGAAAAGACCAGCAAUAUAAUGUGGAGGAAUAUGACAGGCAGGGAAUAAACCUGACCAGCUCCAUGGUUCCAGCUGUUCCACCAAGACGUGUAACAGACCUUCACCUGGACUCGCUAUGGGAGUCACCGGAGAAUGUGCGCCUGCAGAUCCUGUUGGAUGCUCUGUGUGUGUCUUCGGCGUUCAAUUCACUCCUCAUCCCAGCAAAUCUGCAGCUAGUCGUGUAUGUCACUGGUUUCUGGCUGAAACAUGCACAGCCCGAGCCAACAGCUAAAAUGUUCUGGGCUUUACUCAUCAACCUGGUCUACGGACACCUGUGCAGAGAACAUCAGACUGAAAAGGAGGCAGGCACUGUGAUUUUGAGGAUUAAAAGCCUUCAGCAUCACAAUGGUGAGACGCAUUUGGACCUGGAGCUGGCUCACGCUUACUGUCAGUGGCUGUCCUGUUUAAAGGACAGCUAUGUUCUAAACCAGCUGCUGAACCAUCCAGUGCCCGAGCCGGAGCUAGCAUGGUUAUACAACGGCCCUCUGGUACACACCAUCGGUCACAGGCUGAUGAGGGGCGUCGAACCCGAGUCUCUUCUCGCCGGAGCCUCUUUCGCUGUAGACCUUUACCGAAAUCUACAGGCUGCUGUGAAGCGCAACGAUCCAGCGGAUAAUCUGAGAAAUGUGUUCCCACAUCUGAUGUCCAAUAAAAAGGACAGUGCGAAUGUGUGAAGAGGCACUUUAUAUGACUGCAACAGAAAAAAAAAAUAAUUAACUGAAUCUGAAUAUAAAUUUUAAUUUAGCACUGCUUUUUUUCAGACCCUGUGAUUAGAGUCUCUGUAAUUAUUCAUCUUUCUCAUUUAUUAUUGCCAGCAUAUCACUAUUACACUGAGUUUAAUAGUGUUUUAAUAGUAAAGCAUCUCCUGAAUUGUACCAGAUGUAUUUUUACCCCAACAAGGGGGAGCUGUUACUCACAUGUGUAUUAUCAUGUACAUCAUAGAGGCCGACUUACAAGCUCUCUGCCAUGAAUCUACUAAUAAUCAGCUUGCUAAAGUGUAUAUGAAGAGCUUUUAGUAACAAACUGGUAGAAAGCUGCAGGUGCACAUAAUGCAUUCUUUCCUGUUAUUUUUCUUUUUGCAUAAUAGUUUAAUAGGAGACGUAUGUGUUCUGGUCUUUGCUUGUUUUUACUCUAAGCGGUUCUGUGCAUUUUUAUGUGAUGUGUGCAUUUCAGCUUAUAAUUUUCUGUUUUAUAUCAUAUGUGGUGGGAAACAUUCCAUAAAGAGGAAAAAGAUAAUAAGCCUACUGAAGAAGUUGUUCAAUAAUGUUCAAUAGCAUUAGUAGAAGAAAACACA